ACUUUGCCUCUUUCAUAGAGAGCUGUUCAUGACAGAAUGCAGAGGCCACUCUCAUUCAGUUUAAUUGCUGCUUAGCAUACCUAGGUGGAGAUACCACUUUGAUGUCAUUUAUCUGCUGCUUAGCUGAUGUAGCUGUUGCAGGCGUUGUAGUGUGAAUUAACAUGGUAAUAACAACUAUUACCGUGCUUGAUAUAAUGACACUUAUAAGGAUGCCUGUAAGUGGUUGGUUUCAUGAUUAUUUGUCAAACCCACUCGGUUGGUUCAGAGCUGCUGCCCACUGGGAAUGUGGCUCUGAGUCCAUGAUCUGGGUCAUCUGGGCUGCAGAGUGGAGCCUGGGGAAUGGCCCUGCACAGAAUAGGGCCCUGCUCACCAUCUUUGCCUGCACAUGACCAUCUUCUUUACUCUUGCCCAGCUGCAGAAGGCUGCUGACCCUUGGGUCCUGAAGCACUCGGAUCUGGAGAAGCAGGACAACAGCUGGAAAGAGACACACAGUGAGAAGAUCCACAACAAGGAGGCUGUUUCUGAAGCUGAGCUUGGGGGAACCGGCUUAAAGAGGACCAAAUCUGUUUCCUCCAUGUCAGAGUUUGAAAGUCUGCUAGACUGUUCCCCCUACCUCGCAGGGGAAGCCGCCCGGGGCAAGAAGCUGCCCAACAGCCCUGCCUUUGCCUUUGUGGGCCCCCAGCCAGUGGACCCGGAGAAGGCUGCCCCAGAACAGCCAGGGCUCUCGCCACGUGAUUGCAACCGCCUGGGUGCCCUGGGCUGCCAGGAGCCGGCGGGGAGGCAGAUGCAGCGCAGCUACACGGCUCCCGACAAGACGGGCAUCCGCGUCUACUACAGCCCCCCGGUGGCCCGGCGCCUGGGCGUCCCCGUGGUCCAUGACAGGGAGGGCAAGAUCAUCAUCGAGCCCGGCUUCCUCUUCACCACAGCCAAGCCCAAAGAGUCGGCCGAGGAGGACGGGCUGGCGGAAAGCUCCUACAGCCGCUGGCUCUGCAACUUCUCCCGGCAGCGCCUGGACGGGGGCUCUGGGGGCGGCCCCUCGGCGGCCGGGCCCGGCUUCCCAGCGGCCCUGCACGACUUUGAGAUGUCGGGCAACAUGAGUGACGACAUGAAGGAGAUCACCAACUGCGUGCGCCAGGCCAUGCGCUCGGGCUCGCUGGAGCGGAAGGUGAAGAGCACGUCCAGCCAGACGGUGGGCCUGGCCAGCGUGGGCACACAGACCAUCCGCACAGUCAGCGUGGGCCUGCAGACCGACCCGCCCCGCAGCAGCCUGCAUGGCAAGAGCUGGUCGCCCCGCAGCUCCUCGCUGGUGUCCGUGCGUAGCAAGCAGAUCUCCUCCUCCCUGGACAAGGUGCACUCGCGCAUCGAGCGGCCGUGCUGCUCGCCCAAGUAUGGCUCGCCCAAGCUCCAGAGGCGGUCCGUGUCCAAGCUGGACGGGGCCAAGGACCGCAGCCUGUGGAACCUGCAUCAGGGCAAGCAGAACGGCUCGGCCUGGGCCCGCUCCACCACCACGCGGGACAGCCCCGUGCUGAGGAACAUCAAUGAUGGGCUGUCCAGCCUAUUCAGCGUGGUGGAGCACUCGGGGAGCACCGAGUCCGUCUGGAAACUGGGCGUGUCCGAGGCCCGGGCCAAGCCCGAGCCUCCCAAGUAUGGCAUCGUGCAGGAGUUCUUCCGCAACGUGUGUGGCCGGGUGCCAAGCCCCACUUCCAUACCCGGGGAGGAGGGUGCCAAGAAGCUGGAGCCCGUCUCCCCCGCCAGCUACCACCAGCCGGAGGGCAUGGCCAGGAUCCUGAACAAGAAGGCAGCCAAGUCAGGCGGCAGCGAGGAGGCCAGGCUUUCCCUGCUCCCCCAGAUGGGGAAGGAUGGGGUCCCUCGUGAUGGAGAUGGAGCCAUGGUCCUUCCCAAUGAGGUCCUUGUGCUGCUCUGGGAUGGGGGUUGGAAGGCCCCAGACCUGAAACAGCAGACCUGAUGGACACGGUCUGAAUACAAGAGACUGGUGAGCAUGGUGGCAUACCCACCUGCUUUGCCACCACACCCCAGAGAUUGCCAGCAUCCCCUCCAGGGAAGGGGCAUGCUCACUGCCCUCCUGCUACCCAGUGGUGUGUGGGAACCAGCUCCUUUCGUUCAUGAGAGCCAAUCAUGUACAUCUCUGUGUUUAGCGAUGUCACCUUAGUACCUUGAGAUCGGCCACCAGGGGAGGAUUUACUCCAUGAAAAUUAGAAAUGCUGCAAAUCAGGGCUUCUCCUCUUACUCCUGGGAAACUAGUCGUUAAACAUGUACCAGCACACCACUGCCCUCACCCCACCAAGACUCUAUCCCUAAGUGUUUCCAUUUUCUCUGAGACUCUUUUGCUGCUCACUCCACUCCUGAUACCAAUUUCAGAUUUAGUUAGGGAUUAUGCGCAUGUUAGUAAAACAACGCAUGUUAAGUUAGCUUUGCAGAAAGGGAAAUUGCAGAGGAUCUCGUGGAACCCAAGGGCAGGGACCCAAAGUCCCCAGUGGCUGCUCUGUCUCCCUCUCCUCUCGCUUGAGCUUCAUUUUCUCUUAUGUCCUCUUCCUCCCUCUGUCUCUGUUGUAUUUGAAUAUGGUCCAGGUGGGCUCUGCCUACUCUACUUUUAUAAUCUCUUCCAGUUCCAGCACCUAAGGGACUCACAUCCUUCUGUCCCCAUUCCACAUUUCAGGAAGAAACUGACUAGUGUAACUUGAGUCCAGUGUAACCCCUUGGUCCAGUCAGCUGUGGUCAGGGGUGGUAUCAUGGUCUGCAGUGCACGGAGUGAAGGAGGGUUGUAGGUGGAGGCACAGAGAGGUGGCAUGGGCUGGGAUUGACCCAUGUGAUUUGUACGUAUCGUAUGUUUAGCUGGUUUCUAGUUUUUCCCUAUUAUACGUAAUGCUGUGGUGAACAUCUUGACACAAAAGCAUUUUUCCAUAUUGCAGAUUAUUUCCUUACGUUUGAGUUGCAGAAAUGGGAUUCCAGAAUAAAAGACUGUAAAUUGUUAAAGGUAUUUGAUAAGUGUUGCUAAAUUGUCUUUCCAAAGACUUGGUUUAAUUUCUAGAGCCCUCAGGAGUGUAUGGUGAGUGCCUUACUUCCCUAUACUCUCUGGCUGCAUUUUAAAAAAAAAAAAAAACCUUUUAAAUAUUCAUUCCUCUUUUUUUAACUUAAUAAAAUCCUUUUUGAGGUUAAUAUACAUACUGAGCAUAUUGUAGGAAUAUGGCUUAUUGAAUUCUCACAAACUGAACACACCCAUUGUAUUAGAGUUCUCCAGAGAAACAAAACAAAUAGGCUUUGUGGUUAUGUGU